UUUGUUGGCAACUUUUAAUUAGAUAGCCAAUCAAUUUGAACUAAGAAGUCAAACUCCAACCAAUCCACAACAAAUAAUUGCCUUUUAUCUAACGUUUCACACGUUGAAGACAAACACUGCACGAUAUCUCUCAGAUUUAUAAGUGAACCCUACAAAGUACAAGUCGUGAACUCAACCACAAGAGAAACCUUAUCCUCUUCUCCUUCUUCAUCAAUCUCUCAAAACAUGCUCUCUUUUUUCUCUAACCAGAUCGACCGGCAAAAAGAUGUGUCUAAUGAGGAAAAAACCCUAACGGAUCUCGAAAAAUCCGACGGUUCACAUUUCCCUGGCGAUGACUACCGUCCGUCCGAUCGGAAAAACUGGAUGGCCGGUCUUACGUUGGAGAAACUAACUCUAAACAAGAUCGUGUGGCCAGGAACGCAUGAUUCAGCCACCAACGAUAUCGGAAUACCUCUGAUCUCUCGUCCCUUGGCUGAAUGUCAAACGCUCUCUAUCUACGAGCAGCUCGUCCUCGGGACACGUGUCCUCGAUAUCCGUGUGCAAGAGGAUCGCCAAAUCUGCCACGGGAUUCUGACGUCAUACGACGUUGAUGUGGUCAUCGAUGACGUUAUCAGAUUCUUGUCGGAGACUCACUCGGAGAUUGUAAUCCUGGAGAUAAGGACUGAGUUUGGACACAAAGACCCUCCGGAGUUUGAGACUUACUUGGCGGAUAAGUUAGGUCAAUUCUUGAUACAUCAAGAUGAUAACUUGUUCAACAAGCCGGUAUCAGAGAUUUUGCCGAAAAGGGUUAUUUGCAUCUGGAAACCAAGAGAGUCUCCCAAGCCGAGCCGUGGUGGAAUUCUCUGGAACUCAGAUUAUCUAAAAGAUAAUUGGAUCGAUACGGAUCUUCCAUGGACGAAAUUUCAGAGCAAUUUGAAGCAUCUGAGUGAGCAGCAGCCGAUAUCUUCUAGAAAAUUCUUUUACCGGGUUGAGAACACGGUUACGCCGCAAGCAGAUAAUCCGGUUGUUUGGGUCAAACCAGUGACUGAUAGGAUCCGAAAACACGCUAGGCUUUUUAUUUCCCAGUGUGUUUCCAAGGGAUGUGGAGAUAAGUUACAGAUUUUGUCCACUGAUUUCAUCGAAGGAGAUUUUGUCGAUGCCUGUGUCGGACUCACUCACGCAAGAAUUGAAGGGAAAAUUUGAUAGAACUAUGGAACGACGGUUGAUCUCCAGCAUUGGAACUAAGAUUAUUUGCUGUUGUGUUGCGUGUAUCUAAAGUUACACUUUACACUAUUUAUGAAAGUGAGUAUGUUAAGUUUGUAUAAUUGUAUCCUUUCCAUUUUUAGUUAUUCGUCAUAUCUUAAAUCUGUGAAUAACGAGAACUAUUUUCGUUCUGUUUGAAAAAUCGAGCAGAGAGAAAAAAAUGAUGCAGGGGAAUGUGUUCUGUUGAUUACU